AUGGCCAAGGAGGAAUGUAAGGCGCUCCUGGACGCGCUGAGCAAAGUCACGGCUUGCUACCGGCACCUGGUGCUGACCGUCGGGGGCGCGGCGGACUCGCAGGAGCUGCGCGAGGAGCUGAAGAAGACCCGGCAGAAGGCGCAGGAGCUGGCCGGGGUGACCCGGACCCAGCUGACGGCCGCCCUGCGGAACAAAACCUUGGCCAAAGAGGAGCGAGCCGAGUUCGAGCGCCUCUGGGUCAUCUUCUCCGCCUGCCUGGAGAUCCUGGAGGGCGACAUGCGGCGCGCCCUGCAGCUGGGCCAGGCGUUCCCCCUCCACGUGCCCAAGAAGCCGCUCAUCCAGACGGGGCUGAGCGGAGGCACCUCCGGGGUGGCAGCCCGGGCCAUGAGCGUCCAGAACAUGAAGUACAACGCCGAGGCCAACAUCGACGUGGUGGAUCUGACGGACCUGGAGCAGGAGAUCAGCCAGGUGGGCGAGAUGAUCUACGAGAUGGAGAUGAAGGUCAAUGUGCCCCGCUGGACGGUCGAGGCCAAGCAAGACCCGGGCACCGAGCUGAAUUCCAACAUCAGUGGGGGCGCCGCUUCCCUGGGCGCCGUCUCAGGGGUCGAGAACAAGACCCUUUGCGAUCCCAGCAGGAUCCUGGCUGCCAUCAUUUUCACUGCCGUCCUCCUGAUCGCCAUCGGCCUGGCGGUGUGCGUGGCCAAGCUCUCCUAA